AACAGUUGUAAUACACCGCACGGAUUAUAGUGUUCAUAAUGGAACUAACAUCAGUGUUUGUUUGUUGCAUCCUAGUGAUAGUAAUUUGCCAUGGAAGUAAAGAAUAUAGACCUUGUGUCAAGGAUUCCAGUUCAAAAACUAUAUGUUGGUGUUCAGGUGAUGGUUAUACAGAUUGUUCGGGUCAUGGGUUAAAUUACAUACCCGUUCUACCAAAUACAACAACUCAGUUAAAGUUGAGAAAUAACAACCUGAAAAUUCUUAAUGUUCAGAUGUUGAAGAAUAUUUCAAAUAAACAGUUGACUUAUCUGGAUGUAUCUAAAAACAAAAUUAAAAAAAUAGACAGUGAUUUUAUUGGAGUUUUCAAACGUUUACAAACUUUAGAUUUAAGUGUCAACCCGUUAACCAAUGAACCGUUGAAGGCAUCUUUGAAGAAUAUAUCAACCUCUUUACAGAAGUUGUUUAUAAGUGGACUGAAACUGUCUCAUUUCGACGAUGACUUGCUGAAACCAUUGAACGGAUCUAUGUUAAAAACUUUAGGACUUAGCAAUAACAGGUUUCAUGUUUUCAAUGGUGGUCAAAUUUUUAUUUAUUUAAAGCAUUUAACAACAUUAUACCUGUCAUAUAACCAUAUCAAUUAUUUCAAUGCAUCACGCUCAUACAGCUUAAAACAAUUAUCUUUAUCACGUAACGAUUUAACGGAAGUUCCGCCAUUUUGUUCUAGAGCUGAGGCCUUGUUUCCAAAUCUUGAGGAACUGUCUAUUGACCAAAACUGUAUAAGUGUAUUGAAUAUGAGCAAUCUGAAUUGUCUAGAUGAUCUCAUACUACUAAAUAUAUCAGAAACACGAAUAGAAACAUUGAAACGGAACACGUUUAGUAAACUCAAACAUUUGAUAGCACUGUCGGUACAACAUAUGGAGAGCUUCAGUUAUAUCGAAUCGUAUGCUUUCAAUAGCUCCUCACUCCAGAGAAUUAACAUACGCGAUAACGAACUUCAAUUUAAAGCAUCAGAAAUGAACAUAUCGUUAGUCUUCAGUGGAUGCCCAAACCUCAAAGUCUUAGAUAUAUCUAAUAAUUUCUUAGGGGAACCAAACAACGAGGAAUGGGUUCGGCUCUUUACUAAAGUAUCCAAAUUAACAUACCUGGAUAUAAGCCGUGGAUAUCUUCUAUAUUUACCAAAGGCAAUACCUGAUGUAUUACACAACCUUAAAGAGCUUCGUGUUUCUUUAAACGGUAUAGACAUUAUACCCCCAGGUUACUUUAACACACUUUAUAACAUCACUGAUAUUUACUUUAAUGGUAACAAAUUAACUACAUUGAAUCAUACCCAACUUCCUUCUACAAAGCUGCAUCAUCUGAAUCUGGCUUUUAAUCCAUUUGUGUGUGACUGUAAUAUUUUGUGGCUGGUAAACUAUCUAAAACGUCAUAAGGAAAUAUUAUCUUAUUAUCCAAGUGAAUAUAGAUGUACAGACGACACGAUGUAUUUAGCCGAUCUAAAGAUUGAGAUGAGAUCCUGCCUUAUUGGUGAACAGACCAGCACCAUUAUUAAAUGUUCUAGUUUUUCUGUUAUGUUGAUAUUAUUAAUAAUAUCUGGUGUUUACAGAUAUAGAUGGCGUCUAAGAUACGUUAUGUAUAUUCUGAACUACAAAAGAAGAAAAUAUAUGAACGGUAGCAUGGAAAGCUCUAACUUUUCUCAUGAUGUAUAUAUCAGUUGUGGUGAGGCCGAUUUUAACUUUGUAUAUUCAAAUAUUGUUGAGAAAUUGGAAGAAAGCAACUUCAAUGUCUACAUAUCUGAAAGAGAUGCUGUGGGUGGAAGUUUGAAAAUAACAAGUACGCUAGAAAAUAUGGAUGGAAGUAGAUUCGUGUUGCUCUGUUUGUCCAAUUCCUAUGUACAGGAUCAUUGGUGUGAGUACGAAACUUACAUGGCUAUAGAAAGGUCAAUCUAUGAAGGUCAUGAUGUAUUGAUUGUUGUACUUUUAGAAGAUAUUUCUAGUGUUAAUAUGAACAAAACCAUCCAUAAACUAGUUAAGAACAAUGACUUUAUUUUGUGGGAAGCCAAUGAAGAAGCCCACCGCUUAUCUUUGAGGCGAUUAGUCAGGCUUAUCGGAGAUGAAAAUACAAAUACCCGUAGCCCGUCUACCUGACAUUUGUAUUUUAUAGUAUUUGUUGGAAAUAAACUCCCUUCAGCUGUGAAGAGUGACUGGUUAAUUACGCCUAUUGGCGUAGUAAUACAAGCAUGCACUAUAAUAUAAAUGUAGUCCAAAAUAAAGCAUGUGAGAUGCACUACAGAGUUCG